AUGGAUGGGACGGACGAGUUUUGCAGCUUGCAAGAGUCUGCCGCCGUCCACGAUGACCGGCUAGCGAAUGAGAUAGACAAGGCGUGGAAGGCCUAUGGCGAUGAAGAGGGUCGAUGGAAGCAGCAUGGAAAAGAUCUUUUCAAACUUGAUCGUGAAAUCAAAAUCGCCCCUGCACCCCUCAACCGUCGGUUCAAGUGGCUCGUCAUUGAAGCAACCCGAGAACUCCAUUGCAAUGAAUACCUCCUGCUAGGGAGAUAUUAUUUGCUCGGAAGAAAUGUCUGGAGAAGGCAAUGGAUGGAUGCAAAGAAACGAGUGAGCAUCGCAAUGGUUAUGUUAUGGCCACGGCAACUCCACGAGGGGGGAAGCUUUGAGGCAAGAAGGCUGAACUACAGUGACUCAGCGAGAGCCUUGCUCAUUCCUAACUACCAUAAGGGUAAUUAG